AGGAAACUGACGCUGUUGAUCCCGACGCCUUCCAAUUCGAGGACUCCUCCCCCUUCCACUCCGCCGCCCAACGCAAGUGAUCCGGCGAUGGACGCGGCGGCGGCGGCGGCAGCUCUAGGGGCAACACCCGCCGCCGGCGCGCCACCCCCGGUCGCGGCCGCGGGGGAGCAGCAGGCGGCUCCCCGGGCCGAGCGGCUCAGCGCGGGGGUGCAGCAGCAGCUGAACCUGGAGGGGAUGCGGGCGCGCGCGGUGGGGCUGUACAAGGCCAUCUCCCGCAUCCUAGAGGACUUCGACGUCAUCGCCCGCACCAACCCCGGCGCCUCCCCCAAGUGGCAGGACGUGCUCGGGCAGUUCUCGAUGGUGAGCAUGGAGCUCUUCAACAUCGUGGAGGACAUUAAGAAUGUAUCCAAGGUGUUUGUUGUGUACCCCCGGAACGUCAAUGCUGAGAACGCUACAAUACUACCUGUAAUGCUGUCAUCAAAGCUGUUGCCUGAGAUGGAAGUUGAGGAAGCUACAAAAAGGGAGCAUUUGUUGUCUGGAAUAGCAAAUCUACCGGUGCCUACACAAAUUGAAAAGUUAAAGGCUAGAAUAGACAUGAUUGGCAGUGCAUGCGAAACUGCUGAGAAAGUAAUUGCUGAAUGUCGUAAGAGUUAUGGGCUAGGGGCCCGUCAGGGGGCAAAUCUUGGUCCUACAUUGGACAAGGCACAAGCUGCAAAGAUACAGGAGCAGGAAAACCUACUUAGAGCGGCAGUAAAUUAUGGUGAAGGAUUACGGGUACCGGGAGACCAGAGGCAGCCACAUUCAUCUCUUCCUAGCCAUUUAGUAGAAGUACUUCCUUUCGGAGAUGGGGCACAAAAUUUUGGUGAUAAUUCUGGUGUGUAUCCCAAAAAUACAUCAACAUUUGCACCUAACAGUGCCAAUACCCAAGGAAAUCCAAUUCAGGCAUCUGGAGGACAGUUGCUUGGCAGGCCUGCGCCAUCACCUGGAGCCACAGGAACCCCUAAUUUUGAAAACGUGUCUACUCCUCCAAUGCCAUAUGCUAACUCCCCUAGGUCAGGCGCCAAUAUGAUGAAUACCCCUUCACCCCAGCAGCAUCUAACACCACAACAGCAGAGGCAAAAGCUGAUGCAUGCAUCUCAACAGCAGCAACUGCAUGCUCAACAGCAGCAACUGCAUUCUCAACAGCAGCUGAGGCCAUCAGCUGCUGGGAUGCUAGCACAGAGUACAAUCCCUCAGCUACAAGAUUUACAGGGGCAGGCUCAACAAAAACUACAGGUCCCCGGACAACAGCAGAUGCAGUACAACCAAGCCUUAUCGCAACAGUUUCAGAAUAGGCAGAUGCAGCCUGGACGUAUGCAACCAGGCAUGUCUCAGAGUCAAUUGAACCAAGGAAAUCAGCUGAGAAGUCAUUUGGGCCAGUUCACUGGAGCUGCAAACAGUGCAAUGUUCACUGCUGCGCAGGCAUCAUCAAACUCACAAAUGAUGGCAAAUAUGCCUGGGACAAUGCAAUCACAGUCGCUUUUACCGCAAAUGCAGUAUGGUUUGACUGGUGGGCAUCCACAGAGGAGUCAUCCAUCCCAAAUGCUGACUGACCAAAUGUUCGGUAUGGGAGCCACAAAUACUACCAGCAUGAUGGGAAUGCAGCAGCAGCAGCAGCAAGGGGUAUAUGGAAACAUGCAGGCAGGUGCUCAGAAUAUGCAACAGGGCAUGGUGGGCCUUCAGAAUCAGACGCAGAAUCCCAACUUCCCUCAGCAGAGACAACAAAACCAGCAAUGAUUAACAACUAACGUCAAUUUGCUAGAACCAGGAACACGUCACCAAUUCGUCAUUAGUCUGCUUAUCUGCGAUACCUGUUCCAUGUUGUUGGGCAAGCGGAUAGCCAUGGUUUUGUUGUAAAUCGAUGUUAGAUGUAUCACCAUUAUGAGAGGCAGGCCAAGUCUAGCAUGAUAUAUUGUAACUUACGUGUCCAGAUAUCUGUCUACCUGAUAUCUGUCUGUUUUGUUGGGAUCUUGUAACACGCAUUCCUGUUAUCAUUC